UGUUAUUCUUCCUUCGAUUAAUUUUGGUUCCAAUUAACUUUUUGCAUUCGAUUAAUUUUUGAUUAUGUAUUCAAUAUUUGGUUUGCAAUAGACAGAUUAUUGUCCUCCUCUUUGAUGGAUAAUGAGGUUAAUGCACCAAGAUGGGACAUAAGUGCUCACUCACCCGUAAUUGAACAAGUAAUAUCGGAAUUCAAGUUUAAAUUGAAAUAUGGAGGCUUCUUUCGGUUAGCUAGGAACUCAUGUAGGCAAGUGUAUUGCUUUGGAUCUACAAAGUGUCUCUAUAUAGACACAUUUUCAUACGACUUAAAUCAUCUACUUGAAGAGGUGAAAAGCCACUAUCCGUCACAAAGCGAUAUUGUUUUGUCAAUAGUAUUUGUUGACAAAUAUGCAAAAGAGCAAUGCUUUAUUGAACUUGAUAAUGAUAAGAGCUUCAUGGUGAUGCUAAACAUGUAUAAUGAGAAUAAAGAAGUAACAAUUUAUGCGACAACCGAAAAAUUAAGACUUACAGCAUGUUGUGGAGAUAAAGAGUGCAAGUGGAGAAUUCAUGCUUCUCUUACACAAGAUGGGGUUACUUUUGAAGUAAAGAAAUUUGUAGAAAUUCAUUCUUGUACUCGAAGCAACAAGAGUGGUAACAAACAUGCCACUUAAGGAUGGAUUGCUAAUGUUGUCACCGACAAGUUGAAAUCUGAAGGCGAUGUCUCUCCUGCCGACCUACACGGGUUUCUGUAAUGUAUUUCUUCCACAAGGAGCAUUUUGUAACGAUAUUAUGCC